GGUCUUUGAUAAUAUCUUCUCUGCCAUCACAAAUUCCCUUUUCUUUUCUGGAAGCGAAACCCAACGUCAACAAUGGCGGAAGCGGUCGACACAUCAGCCCCAAUCGCCAAGCCGACCUCCUCCCCAUCCUACCUCCAGAACAUGGACGAGCUGCAGAAGGUGUUCGAGAAAUUCGACUCCAACGGCGACGGCAAGAUCUCCCUCUCCGAGCUCGCAGACGUCCUCAGAUCCAUGGGGACGAACUACUCCCCUCCUGAUCUCCAGCGCGCCAUGGAGGACAUCGACGCCGACAAGGACGGUUUCAUCAACCUGGAGGAGUUCGCGCAGCUCUGCCGCUCGUCCUCGGCCGCCGCCGAGGAGCUCCGCGAGGCCUUCGACCUGUACGACGAGAACAAGGACGGUCGCAUCUCCGGGUCCGAGCUCCACCAGGUGCUCAACCGCCUCGGAAUGAAGUGCUCCAUGGAGGAGUGCUCCAGGAUGAUCAAGGGCGUCGAUUCCGACGGCGACGGAUGCGUCAAUUUCCAGGAGUUCGAGAAGAUGAUGGCCACCGCCAACGGUUCCGCCGCCGCCGCCAACUAGCGCUCCCCCCCUCACCGCUCGAAUUGGAAGUUCCCCGCCGCCGGUAUCUUGUGCUUCUUCUCCGUCUUUCGUGUCUCUGUUUGUUCUACCGUGUUGUCAAAUUCGAAUCUGAAAUCUGGAAUACUGUUAUAAUUAGGUCACGAUCCCUUUGCUUAUCUCUCUCUCUGACUGAUACUACAAGGAAGGACUACAUAUCUGAGACUCUUCCCUUUAGAAUUAGGUCACGAUCCCUUUGCUUAUCUCUCCAAAUUUUGUUGUGGAUUAAUCACCCAUAUGAGGAAAUUAUAGCUUGAAUGUGUGAAUUUGGUCCAUCAGCCCUCUUAUUGGGUUAUUAUCGCGAUGUUGACGUUCAGUCACCGGCCGAUGCUGAUCCGGGCACCUUUUCCCUUUGGGGACUAAACUCUUGGAAGUACGAUUUGGACAGGAAGAACUAGGGAUUCAAAACUUAAGAUUUGGGGAUUUUGAUUUUCAAAAUGAAGAAAACACACAGAGGAAGACGAUCGAACGAAGAAGGAUACUAGUUCCUUUUGUGGUCUUCGGCUGACAUUAAAUGGGCUCAAUGACUUUAGCCCAACCCCAAAAUGACCACUUAAAAGAAAAUGGAUUUGGUCCAGAACCAAGGUUCUGCUAAUAAGCCCACACGAGUUCUAAAAUAUCAACUCACUAGCAUCCGUUCCUUGUAUCCUAAAUCAAAACCCAGAAAACAGAGUGCAGAAGGCAAAUGAACAAGAUACAACAGCAAGUAAAGAGACGACACAGAGAUUUCAACACAGCGGAAAAACAGAAGAGAACACAAAGAUCUUUAACGAGGUUCCCCAAACUAUGGGUUAGUCCUCAUCCUAGAAUCAGUACCACUGAUUUCUAGGAGACUAUUUUUAUUGAUUAUACCUAUCAAACGGAAUUCAAAAGAAGAACACAAAUAAUAAGAACGAUAGAAAGAACCCGGAUCCCAAUCCAGACCCGCAACAACCUUGACGAUAUAGAACCUAUGCCUCUAUACUCGUCAAAUCCUUUGUAAUCCCAAAGCCUAGCCCUCUACCGCUAUCUUUUCAUACAAAGUUGCCUCACAAGCUGACAACAAGCUGAAUAUAUAUAGCUUUGAAACACUAGUCGUUGCUGCUCUUCUUCAUAAGUAAGGAAAGUGAAUAUAUAUAGCCUUUCCUGACCAACUUUCCUUUGCUAGCUGCUUCCAUUUCUAGCCUUGUUAAAACAGUAACUUGAUCUUGAUUGCAAUCUUCGGAUUUCCUGAGUUGGCACUUCGACCAACACUCUUUACCGCCUUGGGUAUCACUUUCCGAUUGCCAAAGCCCUGUCAGACGAGUCUUUCUUUAGUCACCCAGUUUGUGGGUUCAAGGCCCACAAUCCCGCUCUAAAGCGCCAAAACGCGAUUUUUCGGGAAUCUGGCGGAAAUUCGCAAUUUAUUUAUUUUUGGAUUGCGACUUUGAUUUCAGAGAACGUGAAUCCUUCGAGUACUGGUAUAUAGAAGGCGACAAGCGGUUGGAGAAGGUUCAACGAGUGUCGGCAAUAGAUUGGAUUUUGUAAGCUUUCUUCGCAACUAUUGACACAGUUAUUGUGUUUUUUUGUAGGGUAAAAGCGAGCCCGUCCGAGACUGAGGCGGGGCCGCUAAUUGAAUUUUUUUGAAUCAAUUCGAGCUGCGGCGCCCGAAACUGGAGCGUUGGCGCCAUUCUUUUUGGUUUUUGAAUGUCGAUUUCGUUGACCAGCGAAGGCGCCAGAGACUGAGGCGGGUUCGCUGUCUCACUCACCCACUCCAACAUCAUAUAUCCGACAAUUUUCCUUUCAGUUGCUCACCACCAAAACAUCGACGAAGUUAGACGAGAGAAGCUCUGGUUGCUGGGAAGAUGACUAAUAGGUAAGAGACACAUUUAUUUUUUAAUUAUAUUCUUCAAAUGCUAUUAUGAUUUUGUUUAGUUAGUAAUUAGUGAGUUUGUUUUUUCAUGUAGUGAUUUUAGAAGAUUCGAACUAAUCGUUCGGUGGAAAUCGGAGAAAGUAGAAGACAAUUUGGGAGUCCAUGUCGUUGGUGUAGAAGUUUUCAGUUGAAGGUUCCAUCCAGGGUGACAUAUCACAAACUUUGUGAGAAUCUAAUUAUGAGAAUACGACGUAAAGACGAAGCAGUACAAGAUAGUGAUGUGAUCAUAUGUUUCACUUACCGUCUUCCAGAAUGGCAGAAUGGUGUUUUAUUUCAUUAUGUGAUGCCUAUUGUGAAUGAUGAUAGUUUGAAUGCGUUUUUCGAUUUUAUGGCACAACACCCUUAUUGUUUGGGUGUUGAGAUACAUGCUGAGCUCAAUGAAAAUUGGGGCGGAUAGGAAAAAGAUGAGACAUGGAGCGUGCCAUCCGAUCAUGACUAUGAUGACAGUGAUGACGGAGAUGAGGAAGAUGAGGAGGAGGAAGAUGGGGAAGGACAAAUGAGAGUAGCCUAAUUAUCCUCCAUAUUUUUACUUGCAGAGUAUGAAUAGGACGACGGAUUAUCAUUUGUUGAUUCAUAUGGCUUAAUUUCAAGGUCUAUUGUUGCUGGUUUUGAAGGAGAAUUCUUCAAGGGGCAGAUAUUUCACUCGAAACAAGCUGCACAGGUGGUGAUUAAACACCACGCACUACAACGCAACUUUCAGUAUGGCGUGGUGGAGUCGUCACCUUCAUUCUGGAAGGUCAGAUGCUUGAAGCACAAGGAUGACAAUUGUCCUUGGAUGGUGCGGUUUGGAUGUCAAGAUGUUGGAAGCAAAUGGACUGUGAGAAAGGCUGAGUUGGUGCAUUCUUGUAGCAAUACGACUCAACCGACGGAUCAUCGCAUCUUGAUGUCGACGUUAUGUCUGAGUCCGUGAAACAUUUGGUACGUGCCCAACCAAAUCUGAGUUUUCUAACUGUGCAGGCCAAGUUGAAAGAUAAGUUUAAUAUGCAAGUUACUUAUAAGAAGACUUGGUAUGGGAAACAAAGAGCAUUGGAGAAGUUGCAUGGAAAUUGGGAAGAAUCCUACAAUUAUUUGCGAACAUUCUUGGGGCUAGUAAAAAUAAUGCAUCAGUGAUUGAUUGGGUAAGAGUUCCUUCAUCGCAACCAGGUCAUUUGAUCUUUCAGCGAGUAUUCUUGGUUUAUGGGUCUUGUAUAGAUAGAUUCAACAAUUGUCAAGGAGUCAUGGUUGUUGAUGGAACAUUUCUUACUGGAAAGUAUAAAGGAAUGCUACUCAUGGCGAGCUCAUUUGAUGGCCGAAAGAAGAUUUUUCCAAUUGCAUUUGCCAUAGUGGAGAGCGAGAAUACUGAUAGGUGGCCAUCGUUCAUAAGUCACAUUCAAGGUCGAUCACCAACCUAUAAUGCACAAAACUUAUAUUAAUUCAAUUUCAUGUGAAGUUCUAAUUUCACUUAGUAAAAUUUAUCUAAUCUA